AGGAACUCUCCAUGGAAAAGUGCAUCCCUUGUCCUGAGUAGCGAGAAGGUUGAUGAAUCCUACGUACCUGCAUAUAUAUUUGUCGUUCAACUAAAACAACAAGAACAAACCCCCAAGUUAAGCCAUUGAAGAUAUCGUUUGUUGGAUCGAGGGGUGAAGCGUUGCGCCCUUCAUAGUAUUCGUGAGGUCUGAGAUCGGAAGAGAUCGAACGUCUAUGGAGAUGGCAGGAGGUGGGUCUUUAUGUCAUUAAUAAUCAUUACCCAAGGUUGAGGAGUUGGCCGGCUGCGUUUCCCUUCAUAUUUCUGAAGAGAAGGGCUUUGGACAAUGGAGAUCAUGGCAGGUGGAUCUUUUGGUCCGGCCGGUGUGGCCAAAGAGAGAGCUGAACAUUACCGAGGAAAGGUCACUGUUUAUGUGAUCAUUGCCUGCUCUGUUGCUGCUGUUGGUGGCUCAAUUUUUGGCUAUGAUAUUGGAAUUUCAGGAGGAGUGACAUCGAUGGAUCCAUUUCUCGAAAAAUUCUUCCAUACGGUUUAUAUAAAGAAGAAGCAUGUACAUGAAAGUAACUACUGCAAGUACAACAACCAAGGACUUGCAGCAUUUACAUCUUCCUUAUACUUUGCUGGUUUGGUUGCAUCUUUGGUGGCGUCUCCUGUUACAAGGAAGUAUGGACGUCGGGCAAGUAUUAUCUGUGGUGGGAUCAGUUUUCUUGUUGGAGCAACCCUGAACUCAGCUGCCGCUAAUAUGGCAAUGCUUCUUUUGGGUCGAAUCAUGCUUGGUGUUGGCAUUGGAUUUGGAAAUCAGGUAUCCUGUUUCACCUACCUUUUCAAGUGUUAUAAGAAAAAAGCGAAAAUAUGUUUUCUGUUUCAGAAACCACACAACAUAGUCUUCCCCAUGUUUGUUUUGAAGGCGGUUCCACUAUAUUUAUCAGAAAUGGCGCCAACUCAUCUUCGAGGAGGCCUGAACAUGUUGUUCCAAUUGGCAACUACACUUGGGAUCUUUACAGCAAACAUGAUCAAUUACGGAACACAAAAGCUUCAACCUUGGGGAUGGAGGCUCUCUAUAGGCUUGGCUGCUUUUCCAGCUCUAUUGAUGACAGUGGGAGGACUACUACUUCCUGAGACACCUAACAGCUUAAUCGAGCAAGGACUAAAAGAGAAAGGGAGAAAAGUCCUGGAAAAGAUUAGAGGAACCAAAAAUGUCGAUGCAGAGUUUGAAGACAUGGUUGAUGCAAGUGAGCUUGCAAACUCAAUAAAGCAUCCAUUUCAUAACAUCCUUGAAAAAAGGAACAGGCCUCAAUUGGUUAUGGCAAUCUUCUUGCCAACAUUUCAGAUCCUCACAGGCAUAAAUUCAAUUCUCUUCUAUGCUCCAAUGUUGUUUCAGAGUAUGGGGUUUGGUGGCAAUGCUUCUCUCUACUCUUCAGCUUUGACUGGGGCUGUUCUUGCUUCAUCCACGCUAAUUUCUAUUGCAACAGUGGAUAGAUUGGGUCGAAGGGCUUUGCUUAUAAGUGGUGGAAUUCAAAUGAUUGCAUGCCAGGUCAUCAUCGCUAUAAUCUUGGGGCUAAAAUUUGGCAAGGAUCAAGAACUAUCGAAAGGUUUCUCUAUAUUGGUGGUGCUGGUCGUUUGCCUCUUUGUUCUAGCUUUUGGAUGGUCUUGGGGUCCACUUGGCUGGACAGUGCCAAGUGAGAUAUUCCCCUUGGAAAUUCGAUCAGCAGGACAAAGCAUUACAGUAGCUGUGAACCUUCUAUUCACAUUCAUUAUAGCCCAGUCUUUCCUUUCCCUUCUUUGUGCAUUCAAGUUCGGUAUCUUCCUCUUCUUUGCUGGCUGGAUUACCAUCAUGACCAUCUUUGUUUACGCCUUCCUACCUGAAACUAAGGGAGUUCCAAUUGAAGAGAUGAUUUUCCUGUGGAGGAAGCACUGGUUCUGGAAGAGAAUAGUGCCUGAAGUUGCUGGAGGUGUGGCGAGCAAUGAGAGGCAAGGAAAUUCAUGGAACUAGGUGAAACAGCCACUGUGAAGUUACAUAGCUCGUACGCUGCACAGGUAUUAUCUCAUUGCAGAGUAAGACAGCAGUGCCAAUACCAUUCAAAAGGAUCUAUACACACACAUCACUCAAAAUAUUGAACAUGACUUAUAGAUGUGUCAAGUGGCCAUGUCAAAGUAUAGGCCUGAAGAUAAUCUAACUUCCCAAUGAGGAAUUACCGAUCUAGAAGCAACCAAAGCUUAUAGUUCUUCAUUUUUGGCUUUUCUGUUAAGCUAAGCUGCAGCAUAAGUGACACUCAAAGAUAGUUAUGAUUCAAAAUAUACCUUUUCCUCAA